GCUCGUUUUUCCGAACGGCGAACUAAUGCGAAGGCGCAUUGACGAUGCCGCCGAAAGAUGAAGCGAAGAAAAAGUUGACACGCGAGGAACAACUUCGUAGCAAGUCAGCUGACAGCCACUGGAAUGCCGUCGGCAAAGGCCUCACCAACGCUGUCUCGAAAAGUCUUCCACAAAUGAAUAAAAAGGAAGUCAAUGGGUCAACUGGGAAAGGAACAACUAUUGUUACAGAGAAGAAAAAACGUCGAAGAAAGAAGAAGCCAGAGGAGGAGCAAUUUGUGCCACCAGAGCCUCCAAAACCAAAAAUCGUCAUAACAAAGGAGGAUAAGAGAAAUAAAACACUAUGGAGACAUAUCAUGUGGCUUAUCGUUUUGUUCGCAUAUUCGCUACUAGGAGGACUAAUUUUUAGUGCCAUUGAAGGAGGUAAUGACCGAUCUAUCUUGGUGAUGGAGUACGAAAGGAAUAUGGACCUUUUCAAAAGACGCCGUUCUUAUCAGGAACAACUAUUCAAGAGAUUCCGAGACAUAGACUCGGACAAUUCCAUUGCCGUCAACCGCACAGGAGUCAGCAUCGAUAAGUACAAACUGGAGUUGGCACGGCACGCUCUGGCAUGGUACGAACGUAAAUUGGGUGUCGUGGUGGAGGAGCCAACCAUGGUGGAUACCAAGUGGACCUUAUGGGGAGGGGUCUACUACGCUGCAAGUCUUUAUACUACAAUAGGUUAUGGAAAUUUCUUCCCACAUACAACAGCUGGUAGGAUCGUAUCGAUGUUGUAUGCGAUUGUUGGCAUUCCGUUGGUGUUUACCAUUUUAUGCGAGUGGGGAUUUCUCUACUUCACUUGGAUAGAAUACGGGUGGAAUUGGGUAAACGAGCGAUGGUGUCAAAAGAGUCUCCAGCGACAAGUGGAGAAGCGACAUUUGAGGGAAAGAAUUCGUCGGGUAGGCAGCGAGCUGUCACUGCACAGCAUGGCGCAGGUGCCGCUAUUGAGUGUACAUAGAACAACGAGUAAUUUAGUGAAUACUACCGAUCACCAGAUCGAGUCAAAUAAACCACUGGGAGAGCUGGACGUAGUGCUUCCAGCUGAAGAACAAGCACAAACAGUACCCAUGAAAGCAGCAAUAAUCUUCUUUUUCAUGUGGAUCAGCCUCUCAGCGUUCAUCGUAAGGUUGUGGGAAUACGAAUGGUCUUAUUUUAGUGCCUUCUACUUCUUUUUCACUUCGCUGACAACUAUCGGCCUUGGUGACGUAGUCACGAAAACUCCAAACUUCAUUAUCUUCAACUUGGCUAUGACACUUAUUGGGCUGUCUGUAGUAGGACUUUGCUUAGCUAUAGUUCAGGCAAAAGUCAGAUUGGUGUUCGAUCGGUUGAUUCGUUCCAUAGACGCUCAGUAUCGAAUCCGCCAAAUUGAUCCAGAUGUUGCCACCAUGACCUUGAUACCGGAUGAAAGAGAAGGAAUCAAAAGAUUGAUUGGCUCUCAGCCCCUUCAAGAUCGAAUAGUGUUCAUAUUCAUGGACGAGCACAAAAAAUCUAUGCUGAGUGAUCGCUGGAAGUCGCGCAGUGGUAUGACAAAUAGGAUAACCCAGACGUACCCAUCGAGGGCAGAUAAAUAUGUGCAGACAGGGAACCGCGUCUACGAUCAACCUGGAACGCAAGAAGACGAUGAUGAAUAUGAUGAUGAAGACGAAAGUGAAGAAGACGAAGAUGGCGUUGAAUACGAUGAAGCUGGUAAUAGGAUUGUUCCUCCUAGUACGAAGCGAUACAUUUAUACCGUAUUUGACUGAUGUUGCUCACAAUUCGAUUAGCUGCUAUCGUGCUUCAUUUUUUGACUAUACUUGACUUAAAUCACAACCAACGAUCUCAAUCAAACUUUCAUCUGUUUGCACAAGCAUAUUUUCUUUUAUGUGAA